AUGAGAAUAAUUUUGUUUUUAUUGAUAUUUGAUUACGUAAUGUGUUAAGUAUCAAGCAAUACAACAUUUGCUUAAGGCAAUACAUAAUCAGUUUAUCAAUAUUUGAUUGAAAACUAGAAUUAAUUAAUAAUUGGAUAAUGGACAGCAAGCUCAGAACACCUUGUUUAUUUAAAUAUAGUUUUUGACAACCAAAAUUUUUUAUUGGAAGUUUACCCAAAAUAAAAGAACAAUUAUAGGGAAACUCAUCACUUUAGAUUAAGUUAUUCAUUGAGUAAUAGCUCUUAUCACUUUGAUUCAGUCAAAAAGUAUCUAUUCAUAAAUUAUUUAUCUAGUCGAAUGACAUGGUAAAAUGUCUUAACUGAAGUUACUUUAUUAAAUAGCAAAAAUCAAAUUCCUAUUUCGUGUAAAGCCACACUUGAAUUAGAAACUCAAAAAUACUAAGAUUCUAAAAAUCUUAAUAUUUAUAGUAAAUUUGAUAAAGAAUGUUAGAUGACAGAAGAAAAAAUAAAGCUAUUUAUUUUCAAUAAUUCAAAUUAAUCUUUACAAAUUUAAACCUAUUCAAUGCUUAUCAUAUGCGUUUCACUAUUUUAAAUUAUUAAUUCCCAUUAUUAUUUGAAUUCAAAACCUUAACCAAAUUAAGGUAGCUCUCUUUCAAUAUCUAUUAUAUUAAUUUAAGAUAUUUGCAUAUGUGUAUUUAGUUCAUUACUUUUUAAUACACAAAGAUUUAAUUAUUACUUACCUUGUUUAGCUUGUUAAUUGAUUACUAUUUUAUUUGAUCUGAAAUUGAAAGCUAAAUUAUAAGUAAUUAUAUUAUAUAUUUUAUAGAUGAAAGAUAAUUACAAUAAAAAAGAAAUCCUUUCAUUUCUAUGUUAAAUGUUAUCCAUCACAUUUUUAUUUUUUUAAAUCAAAUAAUCUUAUGGAUUGUUCCUUCUAAACUUAUAUUUAUUGCCUUAAAUAAUAUUCACAUUAUUUACUGGAAAACGAUAGAAAUUGAACUAUAAUUAUAUAGGAGUAAUAUUCCCAAGAGUUAUCCUUUCCUUAUACUUUUCAGGCUAUGCUAAUAACAUUUUAUUUUUAGAAUAUAAUUUAGUGGUUUUUGGACUUAUCCUACUUAUAUCUCUAAUAUAAUUUAUUUUUUACUUUUGCUAAUGCCAAUAUGGAUUAUUUAUACUAGAGAAUAUUAAAUUUAAUUACUUUAUUAAAUCAACAGAAGAUUAUUCCAAAUAAGAUUGUUCAAUUUGCCUAGUCAAUUUAAGCAACAUUUCAACUCAUAAACUAAAUUCAGAAGAACCAGUUCUAAUUCAAACUUUAAAUAUGGCCAAUUAGAAGCAAUUAUUAAUGAACACUCCAUGUGUAAGUUAUUUUUUAAUUUUUAGAAUCAUGUAUUUCAUCCAUCUUGUUUAAUACAAUGGAUGUAAAUUAAUCUUAUUUGCCCUUUAUGUAAAAGUUCACUUCCAUAAAUAUGCUGA